CUUUUACUGUAUUAUAUGAAUAGUAUCUCCUCAUGAAGAUCGUCACCACUUUGAUCCUAUUCAUAUUAUAUCAGUAUGGCGUAUACGCUAUCCCAAAAUUUAAUACAGUAAAUGAUCAUUAUCAUAAUGGCACUAUGUGUCCAGCCGUUACACAGAAUGAUGUAGGAUGUCCCGUUUUAUGCGUCAGUGAUCAUUCUCUUUGCCCGUCCACAAUUGGUCCUCAAUCAUGUCCUGCAGGUCAAUCUUUGUGCAUCGACGGGUCCUGUCAGACCGACUGCGCUUCUAAUGCAGCAACCAACCCUUGCUCUUGUCCGUCCAGCCCACAUGUGCAGUUAAUGGCCUGCAAUCGAAUGACGCAAAUCAAGACGAGUAUUCCCAACUAUCACCCUGAGAAUGCAACCGCACAGACCUAUGAAGCUUGUUCUUUGGUGUUAAAGAGUAAUCAACCGAUCUCCAUGACCUGGGCAGAUACACAUACUCAGACAGGAGCACAAAAUUUGAUUAUUUGGAAUGUGUGUAGUGCACCCACUGGAAUGGAUUUCCCAACUCCAGGUAUUGUCCAAAAGCCAUAGAAUGGGUAUAGCAGGUGAUUGAUUCUCAUCUAUC